AUGGAUUACAAAACACAGGCGAUAUUUCUGUCAGACGACGACAUAUAUUUUCGACCAGCAGAUCUAGAAUUUGCUUUCCAAAUGUGGCGUCUCUACGGCCGAAAACAGUUGACUGGCGGCAUGGCAAGAUGUACAAGUUUGGCACCGGACGGUACAUGGAAGUACACCUUUUGUGAAAACAAGUCUUCUUACAAUAUGAUUAUCACGAAUCUCGCCUUUUCGCACGUCGCCAUUCUCGAUGCCUAUAACUCGGAUGACCCUAUAGCCAUAGAAAUGCGGCGAUACGUGGACGAACAAUUCAAUUGCGAAGACAUUGCAUUGAACUUUAUAGCAGCUCACGUAUCGGGAUCAGGUCCUCUUCUUGUUCGUGGUCGCCAACAAUAUGUCGAUAUCAGCCCGUCAGUGGGCAUCAGCAAGGACCCGCGCCACAUGGCGAAGCGUCACGCUUGCGUCAAUCAUUUUGUGAAAACCAUGGGCUGUAUGCCACUUAUCGAAGUAGAGGGCAGGAUAGAACAUGGUAUCAAACAUAAUGUUUGGUAUACAACCUUUAAAGACAGGCUUUGGGGUUGA